AUGCUGCUAAGGAUUUUGUUAUUGUUUAUAAUCGGCGUGGAAUCAAAAUUUCAUCAUCUCAGUUUACUUUCGGAUUCGCGUAGAAAUGUUAUAAUCAGUUAUUUUGGAUAUGGAUCGAAUGGAACGCUGGAUAUCGGAAUCAGUAACUUCACCGUUCCUGAUAAAAUCAAAGAUUCUGUUGAUUCGACGGAAAAUGCUGACAAAUUAGGAGUGAUUGGCUUUUCGUUAUCUCGAGGAACACAAAUCACCCAUGGUGUCGGAAAUAAUCCUCAUCUUUGCCAGCUGCAGCAAACUGAUCAAGGAUUCGAUGCUAUUUUCUUUUUUGCCGAUUUGCCAAAUAAAAGAUUGCGAAUUUAUAGAAGCGGCAUUGGCAAAUAUAUAAAAAUAUGUGCAACUAAUGCAGAAUGCCAAGAGUCUGACGCGAUUCGUAUACCUAAACCUGAAGAGCUAAUCGAAGAGAAGAAAAAGAAACCAGUAGAGAGUCAAGGAUGGUUCAAGAAUAUCUUUGGACGGUUUUUGUCUCCGGGGGCGGAAGAAAUUGCCUAUGAGAAUUAUGUUCCACUUCGACUCGAACAUGAAAAUCAAUACUCAACAAAUAUCUCAUUUCGCUUUGAUGGAAAAAUUACUGGAGACUAUUUCUUCAUGUUCCACAACUGCUAUAACUAUCGUGCUCAUGGAUACAGUGAUCGUGUUGCUGUCGAUUUGACCGUCGAUCUUGUUGAAAGGAAUGUCCAUUCAUAUCUGUCCGAUGGAGAUAUUGCCAAGCCAUACGUGCUUCUCUACAUUUCGAUUAUGUUCUUCUCUUUGGGAAUCUACUGGUGUCAUAUUCUAUGCCGUUCAGAGCCUAACAACAUUUAUCGUAUGCAUAAGUUUAUGGCGGUACUUGUAUUUUUGAAGGCGUUGUCUUUAUUCUUCCAUGGAUUCAAUUACUAUUUUCUUAGUAAAUAUGGAAUGCAGAAGCAAUUUUGGGCAGUUCUAUUCUAUAUUACUCAUUUAAUUAAAGGCUCGCUUCUCUUCGGUACGAUCAUAUUGAUAGGAACUGGAUACACCUUCAUCAAACAAUUCUUGACCAACCGAGAUCGUAGAAUUUUUAUGACUGUCUUGCCAAUUCAGGUUCUCGACAAUAUUUUCUUGAUAAUUCUUAGUGAAAGCGAAGUUGGAGCUGAGAGUCACGAUUUCUGGCUGAAGCUCUUCAUUUUCAUGGACUUCAUCUGUUGUAUAUUGGUUGCAUCACCAAUUGUUUCGUCGAUCCAACAUCUUAAGGAAGGUGCUGCGACAGACGGAAAAGCGGCAGAAAACUUGAACAGACUGAGACUAUACAAGGAAUUUUACCUUAUUGUCGUUAUGUACAUUUAUAUCACGCGGCUUAUUGGCAUCAUGGUAAAGUACUUUAUGCCGAUUUCGUACGAUUGGAUUGUUCUUUCUGCCCUCGAGAGCAUAAAUAUGUUCUUCUUCGUGAUAGUCGGCUACAAGUUCCGUCCCUCAAACACCCAUAACUAUUUGUUACUCGUUGAUGAGGAUGACCUUGAGCUUAAAAGAAAGAAAGAAGAAGAAAACGUAAAACAUGCCGAAGACGUCGAACAAUUUCUCGCGAAGGCAUAUUCCGACCACACGGUGUCUCGUCGACUAGUUUCUGAUGAAUCUGCUGAAGGUGGACAACAAAAACUUUCCAAGAAAAAUUCGCAGACACUUCUUGACGACUGA